GUCAAAACACAAGUUCCUUCAAAAAGCAAAUUUCUUAUUGAACCUCUAUUUCUCAAUCAUGCCUCCUCUAAAAAAGACGAAACCCCAACAAAAACCCACGAGACGUUCAGGACGAGUGCGACCAGCAGCCCGACGCGCUCAACCGGAUAUCGCCCUUGAAGCAACCCCAGCACUUGGAGCUUCUACAAAUGCGACGGAAUCAACUCCUGGUUCAAUACAGAAUUCUGGAUCUGAGAGAACACCGAAUGCGACAGCACAAUCUUUAAGCGCUAAUUACUUCGCGCAAUUUCCAUCCAUUCCGUCAAAUGGCCACGUCUUAGCUCCCAUCUACUCCCGGCCGGUAGUACUAGAAGAAUUUACUAUUUUCAAAGAUCUUCCAAGAGAGAUCCAGCUGAUGAUCUGGGAAAAAGCUGUCGAUUUUAACCCGCGAAAUGUUCCAGUUGGAAUCAUGCCACAGUUAGGGCCAGGAGGAUUCAAGUUUCGAACAGAUAUUCCUAUUCCAGAGGGAUUCAUGGCGUGUAAAGGUUACUAUGAAGCGGCCAAGAAACGCUAUUGUCUGUUGAACGAUCGCCUAAAGGCUAACGACAUGUCCAUGGUGCAACAUCUUCCAUCUAACUUCUGGUUCAAUCCUGCGAUAGAUAGAUUUUGUCCUGUUCAGGAAUGGAGCCCUCACAACUUCGAAGUUGGUAUCAAACUUUUCUUCCAAAUCCUCCGAGUUGCGAAGAUUGCGAUUAGUGACUACACAACUGAUGAUGCUCAUCAUAAUGGCGAGACAUGGCAGAAAUUCUUUCAUGCCGGAGGGACCUUGAAUUGGAGCCCAUAUGUCAAAGAAAUAUUUUACUACAUCACAUUUCAACGUCUAAACACAGACGUGGAACUGUCCUUCGUACCUAACAACAGGUCAUCAAAAAACCCGGGUAGAUUCUAUUUACAGAAAUUUGUACAUCACACCAAGCAUUGCAAUCAAAUAGAAGAUGCCAAGAGCGGAUACAGAAGGCUGGCCGAACUUCAGGCAUAUCAGAAGCACCAAGAUGACGCGGCCGAGAGAGGGGGUAAACCUAGAGUUAAGCUCACUACUGUUCCCCAAUGGCUAUUUGAUGUUGAAAGCGGUUGGUCUGUUGCACAACCGCAGUUAAUGAUCGAGACGCGUACCUUCACAGCUCGUAGGCUCAUAAGUCUCAUGUUUGAGUUGCCAGAAUGGUGAUAGGUACCGACACGAUGACCUUGGUUGAGCCUUUUGGAGUCUUUGGGCUUUGGGGUUUGAUAUUUUGAUUCUGUGUUACACGAUAUGUUCGUGUUGUAGAUAAUGUGUUUCUCAUACGUGGAUGGCUGUACAUAGGGACUAGUUCAUAAGUUGUAUUUUACUACAACUCUCUUGUCUCUAGCCUUCAGUCUAGUUCGAUGCUAAAAAUUGAAGCUGGUACAGAUCCAAAGUUUUUGGAUGAGAUUUCAGGAGUAUAUCGGUAUGGAUAUAGUAUUGGUGUAUUUGGUCGGUGGAUGUAGCAGAGUAUGCAGUUUAUAGAAUUUGUACGGGAAAGGGCGGAAUAGAAGAAGGGUAUUUUCGAGGAAACAUUUAAUUAAUACGAUCAUAUCUACCAAUUCAAUGAUUGUUUUGGCUGGAAAGUUA